AUGCUACUCCCGUCGGCCUUCUCAUGCGAGGGCCCUGGCUCUCGCAACCUCAUACCUCAGAGACCCAAGCUGCCGUCCUUCGGCGCAUUUCUACCGCAGCAACAAUCAUCUCACUCCGUAUACCAUGCGCGUCCGCGUCCCAGUCCGCUAUCAUCCAGUUGUCGCGCACUACAAGCCAUUCUAGGCACUCCUUCAGUGACCAUACCACAACCAGCCGCGCAGGACUCGCGGCGCAAGCUGAGCGACCCCUUCGUAGUGCAAGGACGAGAGCAAGAACAUCCAUUCACAUUCACGGUCCCGUCAAGACCACGACAAAUACACAGAAACGUCAAGAAAAGACGACGCAGCGAGUUCGAGCGGGACUCGACUCCCUCGGAAUCGUUAGAUAUCCAGAUGGACGAGUGUCCCCCGUCUCCUCGCGCAGUCCGCACACCCAAACGACGACGGCGCAUACCCUUGUCCGUGCCGAUGGGAUUGUGCGCCGAUGACUUUCGCGCGCUUGAAACUCCCUUCGAGGAGAAGGGAAGAGAACAAGAAGAGGAAGAGCUGCUCGACAUGCCCGUGACGAGCCCGCAACAUGUCCAGUCCGACCGAGACUCAGCUUAUGGGUCAUCUCCAUCCAUAGAGGAUGCCGAAUGGACGGUUGAAGACGACCGAAUACUCGUUGAGACAGUCCUGGAGAAAUUCAAGCUGUCGAAACGAGAGUGGAAUGACUGUGCCAGGAUCUUGGGCAAGGAUAGAGACAGUCUGGGAAGGAGGUGGAGCUUGUUAGUAGGGGAGGGGCAUGUCGGGCUCAGAAGAGGUGGCAGGAUGUCCCGGACCAACUUGGACAUUUCAAGUUGGUGA